UGGUCCCAGCAGCAGCCAUGAGGGUCGUGCUGCCUCCGCAGGUCCCGUGGCGCUGGUUCCACCGUGCAAUUCUUCUCACUAUCUUCACGCUGCUGCUGCUUUAUCUCAGUGCUCAGAGGCUCCGUAAGUAGACCCUUCCCUCACCUACUCGGGCAGGAACCCAGGAAUCCAGGCCCUUGGGACCUAAGUCCCCUCCUGACGCCCUCCCCGCUCCGCCUCGCCUCUCCCCAGGCGCCCUCUCAGGCUGCCGAUCCGGAGCGCAGUCCUGCAUUCCCGAGGGACCGCCGCCUUUCCAGGUUCGGCAACACUCGGGACCCCUGGAGACCCCGGAGCGGGAAGAGCCUCAGUGUCUGGGCCCCCAGGGGAUGCUGGGCCGCAUGAUGAGGCUGUUCCGCGCCAGUGUGAACCCCGAAGGGGAUGUGGAGUUGUCGCAGUACGUGGCAGGAUGGAGGGAACUAGUCAGGUUCCUAACUCCGCUCGGCUCCAUCUUCGCCUUCGCCACAAGCGAGGCCUUCAUUAAAGUGACAGCCCUGGAGGCUCGGGUGCAUGGCCCAGAUGCCGCGCACUACACGUCGCUGGCGGCCAUGCUGGCGUGGGAGCGGCGGGCGGGACUUUUGGAGCGGCCUGGGAUCGCCCCCAGACACCCGGCCAAGUCCUCGGGCUCACGAACGAUGCUCUUGCUGCACCGUGCGCUACACUGGUCCCAGCUCUGCCUCCACCGGGUGGCGACCGGGACGCUCGGAGGCCCGGACGCCGGCGUUCAGUGCAGCGACGCCUACGACAUGGCCCUGGCGCCGCACCACCCCUGGCUCAUCCGCCAGGCCGCCCGCCUCGCAUUCCUCGCCUUCCCGGGUCGCGGCCGCUUGCUGGAGUUGGCAUGUCCGGGAACCAGAGAGGCGGAGGCCCGGGCCGCGCUGGCCCGGGCCGCAGGCACCCUGGAGGAUGUCUGCAACCGCACCCAGGCCUUGUUGGCCGAACGCGGCCUGCUCCAGCUGGCCUGAGGGCACCCGCUGCCGGGACUGGCGAGGAAAG